UUACAUUCUUGUUUACGUCACUGCAUUGUUGAGCUUGAGGAAGCGACUGACAAAUCAUCGAGCUCGCGAACUUUGACAAACAGUGACUUUUCUGAUUAUUUCAGUGUGUCUAAAUGCAUACCGUUAAACCGGUUAUUCUCAAUGCAUAUUUGUAGUAAAGUUUAAAGGGGUGUGAAUUAGCUCUUCAGCUCUCUGACUGCAUUGAGUUGCUGUCAGGUCACAGUGACAGUGAAGUGCAACACUUAUCGAUCAACAUCAAGAAACCCCUGGAGCUUCUCCAUCGAUCUUCAUUGAUUGUGAGUGAUGGGGGCCCACAGGAGCGAGGGACGCCGGGAAUGGCUCCAGCAGGACUUCACUGAGCAGCAGGUACAGACAGCGAAUCCCUGGAACAUCAUGAUCAAACACAGACAGGUGCAUCGCAGGGGACGGCGCUCACAGAUGACCGUUAGCUACACAGAUCCCGUCAUAUCCAUGGACCUUCUGCGGACCGUUCUGCAGCCCAGCUUCAACGACGACAUCCGUGCGGUGUUCAGAAAAUAUAUGAAGUUUUUUGAGAAGGCGGCCAGCAAUGUGAAGGAGAACGUUGGUGGAGACGUGCAGCCGGAUCAGCUUAUCAGAGAUGCCUGCAGAAACUGCCUGGAACAUGCAAAGCUGCUUUUUCCUGAUGCGGAGAAAACGGCUCAGAAGCCCAGUGUCGACGCCGCAGUGAAGCGUUCACGGCAGCCAGACGACACAUCCGGUCAGAGAGACAGCCCUAUCCCUAAGAAGAGGAAAGGUCGUCCUCCUGGUCCAGUUGUACAGUACGACAGAACGGCCCAGUACAGCACUCCCAUUUUCCGUAGAGCGAAACCCAAAGUAUCCGAGCCAAUAAAGAGAGAAGGACCUAAGUGGAACCCAUCCAGACUGAAUGAGAACAGCACAUUCGUUCUGGGAUCCAGGGCAAAUAAGGCUUUGGGAAUGGGCGGUACAAGAGGAAGAAUCUACAUCAAACACGCAGAGCUCUUCAAGUAUGCCGCUGAUGCUCAGGACAAACAUUGGCUUUCAGAAAGACAGCACAUGAGAGCCACAGGUGGAAAGAUGGCGUAUCUGCUUAUAGAAGAGGAUAUUCUUGAUCUUGCCCGAAGUGAUGACUACAAGGACUGUCCUGACCUGAAGCUGGAUGAAUUGAAACCAUUUACAGUGCCCAUUUGGAUGGUGGAGAAGAUGCAGAAGGCAAUGGAAGCACAGAAAACAGAAAAUGAUCUUGUCAUGUAAUGCCAAACUCGCCAGGCAAGUCGAUAGACCACGGACACUCCUCAGUGUUAUCAAUUUAGCAUAACUGUAACUUUUUGUUGUUUGCUUGGCGAUGUACACUGUAGGCACAGGCAUUACCCAGGAAUUGUUGUGUCGGAGGUUUAUUUGGCAAUUCAGAUUUCCACAUUUUAUUUAAUGGUACAGAUUUGCUUUUUUUUGUUUUUUCAUGAAUUUGUAUUUAAAGAAUUAAAUAUCUACUGAGGCACAGAUAUAGAGCCUUAAUGAUUUUUUAAAUUCUGUGGUUAAUAGACAUUUUGUAUGUUUGUUUAGUGUGUGUUUUUUCCUGCACAUUUAUCGUAUUUUUUAAACAAAUAGAUUUUAUGAAUUUAUCAUUGUUUGUCAUAUCUGCUUUAAAAGGGAGGUUACUUGGUCAUUAAUUCCCCCCCUUAUUUCUUGCUUUUUAAAUGCACAGCUUUAUUCUAAAGAACAAAAACAAAGAAGCUAGUUACUUCCUCUUGCAGCAUCAUUACACAAUGGAGCUGUGAUAUUUUUACCCAAGCAUCUUUUGUAUUAUUGCAUUUAAAAAAGAAGAAAUGAAAAACUUUACCUUUACCCAAUUUUCUGUCUUAUUAAAAGUGGGGGGGAAGUAUUUAAAUUAUUUUCUAAAUGAAUUUCAUACCUGUUACACACAUGUCUAUUAUAUAACUGAAAAUGUACGGUUUAUUGUUGUAUGUAAAUUAAAUUACCAAUAAAUGGUUUGUGCUAAA